ACCAAUUAGAGGGUCCAAAAUUACAUACAAACACUGGAUCGUUACAAUCUGAUCGAGAUCGGUUCUGCUGUGAAAACGACCUUUUUCCAGAUCGAACCGUUCAGCAGGUCUGCUGUUGGGAUGUGACAAAACCCCAUCAUAGAUUGUAUGAGUGAACUUCUGUAGAUUCAUAUCUGUUUAGUUGCAUUGAACCCUUUGCCCUGUACGACACUCGCCACGUUUGAGGGAGCCUGAAGUUCACCAUCAAGCAGGAAAUAAAAAGCAAAAAGACAAGAAGCGUCGAUCGCGGCCGACAGCGUGAUUUCGAGCACUUUGUUGACUUGGUUCGAACAAGAAAUGGAGCUCGCAGUGCCCAGAGAACAGAUCGUGAAAGGUCCUGGACGAGUCUGAGCCUCGAUAAUACUUGCUGAGAGGAGUUGCAGAUCGCACAGAUGAAGCCCAGACGCAGCCCAGGAAGUGCACAACAAAAUGGACACUCACACAUCAACGGUGGCAUGCACCUGCACAUGGGGAUCCAUGAUGCCACGAUGCCGGUGCCGCUGAGCAGCUUCGCCACGCCUGCCAGCCCGGCGCCGGGCGCAGGUGCCGGGCAGGUGCCGGGCAGCAAGCCGGCGGCUGCGGCACGCUCGCGGCGGUGCUGCGCCGGCUGGCGCAACCCCCAGCGCUGGCUCAUGCUCGCCAUGUUUCUCCUGGCGCUGUUCAUUUUUGGCGUCCGCUUCCACCAGAGCCAGCAUGUCAUCAAGACACAGUGUUUCAUGCAGGAUGAUUUGGAUGCGUUCCUGGGCCAAGGCGAAAUUGUGGACGAGGCUUCCCACAGCAAAGCAAUAGAUGCUGCAGAGGCAGAGUUCCAAAGGGAGGCAGACAAGCUUGGCCUGCCCAGCAACGGGGAGGAGGAAGUUUCAGGGGAUGGGGAAGAGGCGGAAGAGGCGCCAGAGGAGACCAAUUCGGGCCGGUUCCGGCCGGGCGGCCGGCUGAGCCGCGCGAAGCGGCGGCGGCGCAUGGCGCGGCGGCAGCGGCCGGGCGCGGCCGGCCUGAUUCAGCGCCGGGGGCCCUAUGGGCGCGCAAGCGGCGUCGACCGUGGCCUUGGGGACACAGAUGAUGCCACCAGCGAAGGCGCGGGUGAGGCCGAGAAGCAGGAGCUGUGGGUAGACCAGAGGGAGGAGGUCGGGGUGAGCGGUGAUGUGGACACGCCGCUCGAAGAGGGAACGCUGGGGAGAAGGCAGGCCGGCGCGGCAGCCGAGCAGAAGCCGAGGCCGGCAGGAAGCUUCCUGGCGGAUGGGGGCGCCUCUUCAGGCAAGGUCGCUGCGGCCAAUCAGCGCGCAGCCGGGAAGUUCAAAUUGUCGGCGGAAAAAGCAGCGGCGGCGGCUGCCGCUGCGGGAGCCGACUCGUCGGCAGGGGGCGCGCAGGGGAAUAGGUUUGUUAGAGACCCUGAGGAGGACGAUGACCUGGCGCUGCCGGCCUUCAAGAAGCCCUCGUCGCAUGUCAUGCCCCUGCUCGGAUCCACGAACCAGCACAUCGGCAUCAACGAGGUGGUCAAGCACAGCGACAAGCCGGACGACGUGGCGAGCUCGGACCCUGAGCUGCGCGUGUGGGACGCUCUGGACGCAGGCACCCACGAUAACACGCUGCAGGACGCCAUCCUGGAGCAUAUGCAGGCACGUGCCGACAUGUGCCCGCACAGGCUACCCACUCCUCCUGCUUUUGUGGAGGAGACGGUGGGCUUCGAGGAGGACGAGGAUCCGAUGCUGGAGGUGUCUGACGAGGAGCAGGAGCUGACGGAAGCCGAGCUGGCGGCCGGCGCGGAGGAGUUGCCUGAAGAGGCCGCGCUGGCAUUCAAUGAAGUCCGCGUGGUCGGGGGAGAAAACAUGAUGGAGGAGCACCCCGUCACCGAGGGGCUCGCGCUAUUUGACACCGGGGUCAAGGUGAUUGAGGAGCGCCCAGAGAAUGUGGCGGGAGAGAAGCAGCCAGAAGGGGCCACACAGGCCAAGGCUGAUGGGGUGGAGGAUCUGGAGGGAGAUGAGGAGGAGGAGGAAGGCGCUGAUGCCAGCAGGGAGUCUGGGGUGCUUGGCUCAAUGACCCAGUGGCUCAAGGGGCUGGCCGGCGGCGCUGGCCGCAGCAAGGCCGACGAGGAGAAGGCAGCUAAGAAGUACAAGGAUGCAAAGGACAGCCUGAGGGGCCGGGCAGGAUUUACUGGCGAGCUGACAGUUGGAGAGGGCCAGAGCUGAGGGGAUGGGCCCCUGCCUCGGGGUGCAUGCGCCCAUUGUGUUUGCAAUUUCCUCCUAGAAGUCCCAAGGCCCUUUGUCUCAACAAGUGCUGUGAGUGUCCAGUACAAAGUAGUGAGGUACAGUGCCGACGGCUCAUCAGUAUACCGGGCUGCAUGGCAUAAAACCCGGAUGUUUCUGCCCAUAUGUGUACAGCCUUUCGAGUCAAAGCCAGCCCCAGCUGCAUCCCGAUUUGGAAUUAGAAACUAGCUCAGGGCAUUGUGGCAUGUGCCGCACGGGCGGACACUGAUCCCCAUUACCGAGUCAUGCGUUCAUGAUGAUCAGUGUACAAGCGACACAGCGUU